AUGGUAAAUGUUUACUACGACCAGGACGCGGAUUUGGGCGCGUUGGAAGGCAAGACUAUUGGCAUUAUCGGCUAUGGCAGCCAGGGCCAUGCGCACGCACUCAAUCUUCGAGACAACGGACAGAAGGUAAUGGUUGGUCUCUAUCCCGGCAGCCGUAGCCGGGACGUGGCGGCGGCCGAAGGGCUUGAAGUUGCCGAUGUGCCUGAAGUGGCGGAAAAGUCUGACGUGGUGAUGAUACUGAUUCCCGACCACGUCCAGGGAGAAACCUACCGGGAGCAGAUAGCCCCUAACCUCAAGCAGGGCGCCGCGUUGAUGUUUGCCCACGGCUUCAGCAUCCACUACCGGGAAGUUGUUCCCCCGGAAAAUGUGGACGUGAUGAUGGUCGCCCCCAAGGCGCCCGGCCACCGUAUGCGUGAACUCUUCGUGGAAGGCGUUGGAGUGCCCUCUCUUUUGGCGGUGCAUCAGGACGCUUCCGGCAACGGCAAGGCGAUAGGGCUGGCUUAUGCCAAGGGUAUUGGCUGCACCGGAGCCGGAGUGCUGGAGACAACUUUCAAGGACGAAACUGAAAGCGACCUGUUCGGUGAGCAGAGCAUUCUCUGCGGAGGCGUAACAGCGCUGGUCAACGCUGCCUUCGAAACGCUGGUAGAGGCCGGCUAUCCCCAGGAGAUCGCCUACUUCGAGUGCUUGCACGAACUCAAGAUGAUCGUUGACCUGAUGUACCAGGGCGGUCACAACUACAUGCACUUCUCUGUCAGCGACACCGCGGAAUAUGGUUCUCUUAGCCGCCGCGACCGGAUAAUUGACGAGCACGUGCGCGAGAACAUGCGGGCCGUGCUGCGGGAAAUCCAGGACGGCACUUUCGCCCGUGAAUGGAUAACCGAGAACCACGAAGGUCGGCCACGGUUUGGUCCCAUGCGGGAGGCGGCCCAGACCGCUCCCAUCGAGAAUAUUGGCAAAGAGCUGCGGGCAAUGAUGCCCUGGAUGGACCCCAAAUAG